AUGCUCUCACGCCCGUUCGCGGCAUUCAUUAAAGCAGCUCGAACUCCUACUUUACAGGCUCCGACCGCCUCGCUACUCGCACGCCGCACUUACUCAACCCCCAAGAAGCUUCGCGUCCCGUAUCCAGCUAUGGCGGCCGUUUCCGACCAGGAGAUCAUCUCGAGGCUAGGCAAGCUUAACAUCGCCGCCCCCGAGGUCCACAAGCACGCCGCCGUUCAGGGUGGUGCCGAGUGGCGCGCCGAGCUUGACAAGAUCGGCCAGAAGGGUGUUCAGCUCACCAAGACUCUCCUCUUCAAGCCCAAGACCGCGAAGUCUGCCGAGCCCACUCCCGUUCUCGUUGUCGCCAAGGACGACACCGAGACCUCGUCUGGCCCUCUCGGAGCUCUCCUCAAGCUCAAGGACCUCCGUCUCGCCGCCGCGGACCUCAUCAAGCAGGUCAUCCCCUCUGCCGAGUCCAAGGACGACGUUUCCGCCCUCCCCCUUCCUUCCCCCGUCCCCUCCACCCUCUUCAUCGUCCUUGACAAGGCCGUUGCCUCGUCGUCGGACCUUUUCGCCCUCCACCUUACCACCUCCGCCUCGACCGUUUUCCUGAAGGGAACCGACGUCAAGGCUUACCUCGAGUCCAUCGCUCCCUCGCCUGAGGCGGUCCGUGUCGUUGACUUUGCUGAGCUCAAGGCCAACGCCCCUGCUCCCCAGGCCAAGGCUGCCCCCAAGGCUGCUGCCAAGGAGCAGCCCAAGAAGGCCGCCAAGGACGACGACCUCUACGAGAUGGCUAUUCAGCACAAGAAGGAGGAGGACUUCCCCGGAUGGUACACCGACGUUGUCGUCAAGGGUCAGCUGAUUGACUACUACGACAUCUCGGGAUGCUACAUCCUCCGCCCCGCCUCGUACACCAUCUGGCAGACUAUUCAGGAGUUCUUCGACGGCCGCAUCAAGAAGCUCGGCGUCCAGGACUGCUACUUCCCCAUGUUCGUCUCGCAGGCCCGUCUUGAGCGCGAGAAGGACCACAUCGAGGGCUUCGCCCCUGAGGUCGCUUGGGUCACCAAGGCCGGAAAAUCUGACCUCGAGGAGCACAUUGCUAUCCGUCCUACCUCGGAGACCGUCAUGUACCCCUACUACGCCAAGUGGAUCAAGUCGCACCGUGACCUUCCCCUCAAGCUGAACCAGUGGAACUCGGUCGUCCGUUGGGAGUUCAAGAACCCACAGCCCUUCCUGCGUACGCGUGAGUUCCUGUGGCAGGAGGGCCACACCGCGUUCCUCACCAAGGCCGAGGCCGACAAGGAGGUCACCGACAUUCUUGACCUUUACCGCCAGGUCUACGAGGACUACCUCGCCGUCCCCGUCAUCCCCGGUGUCAAGUCGGAGAACGAGAAGUUCGCUGGUGCCGACUACACCACCACCGUUGAGGGCUUCAUCCCCACCACUGGACGUGGUAUCCAGGGUGGAACGUCGCACCACCUCGGCCAGAACUUCUCCAAGAUGUUCGAGAUCAACGUCGAGGACCCCAAGGCUACCCAGGCCGACCGUGAGGCCGGCAAGGACACCAAGGUCAACGUCUACCAGAACUCGUGGGGUCUCUCCACCCGUACCAUCGGUGUCAUGGUCAUGACCCACGGUGACGACCAGGGUCUCGUCUUCCCUCCUAAGGUCGCUCUCACCCAGGUUGUUGUCGUCCCCGUCGGUCUCUCGAAGGGCGAGGGCAAGAACCAGCCCAUCUACGACGCGUGCCAGAAGCUCGCCGACGAGCUCUCUGCCGCCGGUAUCCGCGCCACCGCUGACCUCCGUGAGGGCUACACCCCUGGCUGGAAGUUCAACGACUGGGAGAUGCGUGGUGUUCCCCUUCGUCUCGAGCUCGGCCCCCGCGACAUUGCCGCCGGCACCACGCUCGCCGUCCGCCGUUACGACAACUUCAAGGAGUCGUACCCCCUCGAGGGCAUCGCCAAGACGGUCGAGGGCAAGCUCGAGGACAUCCAGAAGGCGCUCUUCGACCGCGCGCUCGACAAGUUCAACGCCUCGGUCCGCCCCGUCACCCAGUGGAAGGACAUUGUCCCCACCCUCGACGCCAAGUGCGCCGUCGUCAUCCCCCUGGAGGCCAUGAAGGGCCAGGACGAGGACUCCAAGGCCCCCUCGGCCGGCGCCAAGUCGCUCUGUAUCCCCUUCGACCAGGACCGCUUCGGCAAGUUCCCCGAGGGAGAGAACCAGAAGUGUGCCCAGUGUGACAAGAAGGCCAAGCGCUGGGCCCUCUUCGGCCGCUCCUACUAA